AAAAACAGCCGUGUUUUGAUAACGCGUUAGCUCGUUUGACCGGUGACUGACUGUUAGACUGUGUGGCGGGUGAUGUUUUGACAGCUCGUUAAGUAAUAUACGUAAAUUAUAGUCUGGAACGAUUGUAAACUAUCAGUAUUAGUUUCCAAGACAUAUAUGUGUUUAAUUGAGUCAUAAACGUCCUGCAGACUUUUGUAGCUGCGACACCGUCAGUCAGAAACGCUACGUGACGCCACUUCUAUUUGAGUCACAACAAGUGUUUUUAAUGGCCACACAAUGAAGGCUCAACUUCAAAUAACAGUUCUGUCCGCUAAGCUUCGGGACAAUAAGAAGAAUUGGUUUGGGCCCAGUCCUUAUGUUGAGGUGUGUGUGGACGGCCAGUCCAAGAAGACGGAGAAAUGCACCAACACUCACAGUCCCAAAUGGAAACAGUCUCUCACUUUGAUCGUCACCCCUUUCAGCAAGUUAAUUUUCCGGGUUUGGAGUCACCAGACACUUAAAUCGGACAUUUUGCUGGGCAUGGCCGCUCUGGAGGUCAGCGAGACCUUAAAAGCCAACGAUAUGAAGAUCUGUGAGGUGGUGCAGACGCUGCAGCUGAGUUCAGACAGAGAGCGUGCAGAUGUGGUUGGAGAUCUCUCGGUGUGUCUGGAUGGACUGCAGGUGGAUCCCGAGACUUUUGCUUCUGAGGAACAAAAGCACAAUGCUGUUGUAAAUGGAGAUUCCAAACUGAACGGGGACAUGGCAGGAAGUCGAGAUUCUUCCCCAUCCAGUGAUAUCGCUGAUGAAGUGCCGCUGCCCAACGGUCACGCAGUGGGAAGUACGGGGUCUGCCUCUCCAUCCGCAGGGGCUCUGAGACCACAUCGACCCCAGCGGCCGCCGCCCGUCUCACCGCAUAAACCUACUUCCUCCACAGCAUCCUCUGCUGGCUCGACUCCCACUCACGGCAGCAGCGCUCCCAGCCCGGAAACAUCUCCACGGGUGUGUGUGAACGGAGAAACGGAGAGUCAGGGGUCAGGUUCAGGGUCAAACCAGGCCCCGAGGGUCAGUCCAACGCCUCCCAGAGCUUCACUGAUCACUAACGCCCCUCUUCCUCCUGGCUGGGAGCAGAGAGUGGAUCAGAACGGCCGCGUUUACUACGUGGAUCACAUUGAGAAAAGAACCACAUGGGAAAGACCAGAACCGCUACCACCAGGCUGGGAGCGUCGUUUGGACCCGAUGGGCCGUGUGUAUUAUGUGGAUCAUAUAAACAGAACCACCUCAUGGCAGAGACCCACACUAGAGUCGGUCCGGAACUACGAGGAGUGGCAGAACCAGCGCAGUCAGCUGCAGGGAGCCAUGCAGCGCUUCAACCAGAGAUUCAUCUACGGACUGCAGGAACAGCUCGCGCCCACAGCUAAUAAAGAGUUUGACCCUCUGGGUCCUCUGCCGCCUGGAUGGGAGAAACGGACUGACAGUAAUAGGAGGAUGUAUUUUGUUCACCAUCCUACAAGAUCCACACAAUGGGAAGACCCUCGAACACAAGGGUUGUUGAAUGAGAAGCCUUUGCCGGAGGGUUGGGAGAUGAGGUUUACAGUGGAUGGGAUUCCCUAUUUUGUCGAUCACAACAGACGAACAACGACGUACAUCGAUCCCCGUACAGGAAAAUCCUCGCUUGAGAACGGCCCUCAGAUCACAUACGUACGAGACUUUAAAGCCAAAGUGCACUAUUUCCGCUUCUGGUGUCAGCAACUGGCAAUGCCUCAGCACAUUAAGAUCCACGUCAGCCGCAAAACACUGUUCGAGGACUCGUUUCAGCAGAUUAUGGGUUGCCAUCCGCAAGAUCUGAGACGGAGACUGUGGAUUAUUUUCCCAGGAGAGGAGGGACUUGACUAUGGAGGCGUGGCCAGGGAAUGGUUCUUCCUGCUGUCUCACGAGGUCUUGAACCCCAUGUACUGUCUAUUUGAGUAUGCCGGCAAAGACAACUACUGCCUGCAGAUUAACCCCGCCUCCUCCAUCAACCCUGACCACCUCAAAUACUUCAAGUUCAUUGGCCGGUUCAUCGCUAUGGCUCUGUUUCAUGGGAAAUUCAUAGACACAGGCUUCUCUUUGCCUUUUUAUAAACGCAUCCUGAACAAACCUCUGGCUCUGAAAGACCUGGAGUCCAUCGACCCGGAGUUUUACAACUCGCUCAUCUGGAUCAAAGAUAAUAAUAUAGAGGAAUGUGGCUUGGAGAUGUUUUUCUCGGUGGAUAAGGAGAUUUUGGGAGAAGUCACUACACAUGAACUCAAACCUGAUGGAGGAAACAUUCAGGUGACAGAGGAAAAUAAAGAGGAGUAUAUCAGGUUGGUUGCUGAGUGGAGGUUGUCCAGAGGGGUUGAGGAACAGACUCAGGCAUUUCUCGAGGGCUUUAACGAGGUCUUGCCGCAGCAGUACCUGCAAUACUUUGAUGCCAAAGAGCUGGAGGUGAUGCUGUGCGGGAUGCAGGAGAUCGAUCUGGGCGACUGGCAGAGGAACACCAUCUACAGACACUACGCUCGCAGCAGCAAACAGAUCGUCUGGUUUUGGCAGUUUGUGAAGGAGAUCGACAAUGAGAAGCGAAUGCGUCUGCUGCAGUUUGUGACCGGCACGUGCCGACUUCCUGUCGGGGGAUUCGCUGACCUUAUGGGGAGCAACGGGCCGCAAAAGUUCUGUAUUGAGAAAGUGGGAAAAGAAAACUGGCUGCCGAGGAGUCACACAUGCUUUAACCGUCUGGAUCUGCCGCCCUAUAAAAGCUACGAGCAGCUGAAGGAGAAGCUGCUGUUUGCCAUCGAGGAAACGGAAGGCUUCGGCCAGGAGUGAUGCAUGCACACCACAGCGUCUUUCAACGCCUUUCCAUCACAACACAGCUUUCACCGUCAUAUCAAACAUACUUCCAACCGGGAACGAGGGAUAGACGCUCUAGAUCCAUUAGCUUAGGUUUUCUUACCAUCCUGCCUUAGUCGCUGAUGGAUGCACAGCAAUGCAGCGCCCCUCGGCUCACUCUAUGCACACUGUGUGACCCUCGUAUUAACCUCUUCAUGACUGCCGCCCGCCUCCACUGUAGUAAUGCACAUGCAACAGACUUUUCCUCUAGAACUUGGUUAAAUUGAGUUUGCAUGGAAUGUGUCUGAAUGAGUCUCUUCUGUUGUGCACACAUGUAAAGAGGAGUGCAAGACACAAUUUCUUAUGGUUUUUAUUGCCACUGUGGAUCUGUACCUUCAUACAAACCAGUUGAAAAGGGUUGCACUUUAUUAGCGAAAACACUGAGUGAUAACAGCUAAUAUGAAACAUGCACCAGGUCAUAUUUCACCUCAAAAUCAAGAGAAGUAGAAAUAUUAUUUUGCAUGAAGAAAAUUAAAAGUUUUUACAUUACUUUCAUGAAAAUCAAGCACAUUUUCCCUUAAAAUUGACUUGUAAUGCAAGAACAUCUCAUUGUCAUUACUGAAAAAAAGAAUGGGCUUUAUGUUCUUCAUGCAAAAUAUAAUUUAGUUUGAUUUCGGGUGAGCUGUGACCUAUAUGCACAUAUGGUUGGAUAAACAUAAAGCAAUAGCCCAAAAAUGCAAUCUAAUGUCAUCUCCACAUAUUCACAAAUAUUCACUUUCUCAUCAAUCUUGCAUUCACAAACCACUCGACUGACGCUAUAAUGUUAGCUGUUUUAGUAUGAUCAAACCUGCAGCUAAACAUCUCGAUCCUUUUAUACCUUUAAUGUGAAAAAAAAUCACAAUAUUUGUGGGAGGAAUUAGUGCAAAACUAAAGAAAAUGUGCUUUAUUUUGGGAAGAUAUUCAUUUGUGUGUGUGUUUUCGAGGUGUUGCAGCAUUUGUUGUUCUCCUGAAGAUUUAGCACUGAAAUAAUGGAUAUUCUGUUUAUUUCAAAGAUUUUGUUUCUUAUUAAGGUGCAAAACACAAAACCAGGACUGUAAAUACCAAUGUACAAACAAUAACGUACGGUUAUCAAAUGGAGUAAAGCGAAGUGUUCAGCUCAGCAGAGGAUAUUCCAUCAUGAAUGUGAUAUGAGUCAUAUGCAUUUCUUUCCAACACAUGAGUUUGAUUCUUUAACAAAGGGUUUUUAGUAUUCAGUGAUUUGUUUUCCUCAGUAGAUGAGUUCAUAUCGUGAUGAAUUGAAUCCAUCGGGUUGGUUUAUGGGUGUCUGCUGUUUCCUUUAGGAUGUCUGGUUACAGGGCACUUUAUUUUAGGUCAUAUUUUCUAAUUUCGAUUUAAAGUGAACUGACAAAUAAAGGUCAGAGAUGGACAGCGUCCAGCUAAACGCCUCACUUCUGAUGUUACGUGUUGUCAUGUCUUACAGCGUUUUGUAGCUCUGACUGUGUCGAGGCCAGAUGAGUGGCUUACCUCUUUAUUUUCUUAACACUGUAAAUCAUGUAACAACUAGCCUGUGAUCUGGAACAUUAACAUCAAUUAAGCUGGGUUUAAUGAUUUGAAUUAUAUUUAUUUUUCUUAAGUGAAUGUGUACAGUUGGAUGAUUAAUAUAAAAAUACCAAUUUAUUCUCAGCUGAAGGAAUAAAAAAAAAAAAAAGA